CUCCAACCUCCCCCGAAACAGGGUGACACUAUACCCCCCUUCCUCAACUAAGUUAUCCACUUUAUGGCCAUGUUAUCCCAAGUUGACUCUGGCUGAAAUAAAUUCUGCCCAUCUUGCGCGCGGCGGCUUCUUUCCGUCGCGAUGGCCGCUCAAUCGAAACUACUUCCUCCCGAACGAUCGCUUCGGCAGAUCCUCUCAAGCCUAACUACUUUGUACCUGCGCCACCGCACUGGGAUUUCUCGCACAGUCUAUCUAGCCCUCUUCGCAGCUUUAGCGAAGCGCAUUCAUAAUGCCAUCUCCGAACAGAAAGCAGCUUCCCAGCAACAAGUGGAGUUGCGGCGGCGUCCGGGCACCAGCAGUAUCGGGGAUGGCGGCGACCGGCCGCGGAAGAAAGUUGGGGUCAACCGCGAAUUCUUUCGAAAUCUAUUUCGGUUGCUGAAAAUAGUGGUUCCCAGCUGGCGGAGUAAAGAGCUACGGUUACUGGCCGGCCACAGUGUCUUCCUGGUGCUUCGAACGUUACUCAGUCUAUACGUCGCUGAACUAGACGGGAGACUGGUGAGUAACCUGGUGAGAGGGAAGGGGAAGGACUUCCUACUGGGCCUUGUGUGGUGGAUGAUUGUUGCCGUACCAGCAACUUUCACGAAUUCCAUGCUUUCUUAUCACCAAUGUAAACUUGCCCUCAGUUACAGGAAGCGCUUGACAGAUUACAUUCAUGACAAGUACUUGAGCAACAUGACAUUCUACGCGAUCUCUGCGCUGGAUGACCGAGUCAAAAAUCCCGAUCAACUCAUCACGGUAGACGUGUCUCGAUUUUCUGACAGCUUGGCAGAGCUGUAUUCCAACCUAGCCAAGCCAGUUCUGGACAUGGCAAUCUAUAAUUAUUCCCUCUCAAAGAGUGUGGGCGGGGAAGGCCUCUUUAUUAUGAGCCUACUGGUUCAGUUGUCAGCUAACGUCAUGCGUGCGCUAACGCCACCAUUUGGAAAAUACGUUGCUGACGAAGCCCGCUUGGAAGGAGAAUUCCGGUUCCUCCACUCGAGGUUGAUCGACUAUAGUGAAGAGAUUGCCCUAUAUCACGGCCACGAGGCGGAGAAGGAUACUCUAGACAAAGGAUAUUUCACGCUAAUUAAGCACGUGAAUCGCAUUUUACGGAGACGGUUAUACCACGGCUUCAUGGAGGACUUUGUCAUCAAGUAUUUCUGGGGAGCCUUGGGAUUGAUCCUAUGCAGCAUUCCAGUUUUCUUCAGAAUUCCAGGUCAAAUCACUCAGACCAUGGGAGACCGUACGGAGAGUUUUGUUACGAAUAGGAGGAUGUUGCUUUCCUCUUCUGAUGCCUUUGGCCGCUUGAUGUUCUCAUACAAAGAGAUAUCUGAACUAGCCGGCUACACAGCCCGUGUCGCGUCAUUGCUGGAGGUCAUGGACGACCUAUUAGCUGGACGCUUUGAGAAGAAGCUGGUGUCUUCUGCAUCGACCGAGGAGAAUGCAGCUGUUUUGUCCGGUCGGGGAGAGGUAGAGGAGAGCGACUCGAUCGAAUUCACCGAUGUCCCGAUCGUCUCGCCUAACGGGGAUGUUCUGGUGCGGAAGCUGUCAUUUACUGUGCACCCCGGUGAUCAUCUUCUAAUUGUUGGUCCAAAUGGAUGUGGCAAGUCAUCUUUGUUUCGGAUCCUGGGCGGCCUGUGGCCUGUCUACGGAGGCAAGGUAAAGAAACCUCGAUUUGAUGAGAUCUUUUAUAUUCCGCAACGACCAUACUUGUCCCGCGGAACCCUUCGCCAGCAGGUCAUCUACCCAGAUGGACUUCGCGAAAUGCGUGCUAAGGGCGUUACUGACGACGAUCUUUAUGAUAUACUCUCCAUUGUUGAGAUCGCAUCAGUUGUUGACCGCCCUGACGGCUGGGACGCAGAGGAGGAAUGGCGUGAUGUACUCUCAGGUGGACUACAACAGCGCAUUGCCAUGGCAAGACUCUUCUACCAUCGACCCAAGUUUGCCAUUCUCGAUGAAUGUACUUCAUCGGUCACUAUGGAGAUUGAAAGGGUCAUGUACGAGACUGCCAAGAGAUUAGGCACAACCCUGAUGACCGUAUCCCACCGUCGCAGCCUCUGGAAAUAUCACAAGAAGAUUCUGCAGUUCGACGGCCAGGGAGGCUACAUUUUCACAGGUCUAGACUGGGAACGGAGACUGAAACUAGAAGAUGAGAAAGAAGAGCUCGAUCUUCACCUCCGGGCCGUUCCAGAACUUCAAAGGCGCAUUGCUGAACUAAAUGCUUCCUAAGCAAACUUUCCAUCUCAUUCAUAUACUGUUCCAUCUUGUUCUGGGAUCUUUUCGAAUCACGCAGUCUAUACCCUCCCCCUUCCCCAUUCUUCCCCUUUACCCCUGAGACAUGAUAUAUGAAGCACACUUUUUCUAUGUUGAGCAUUUUAGCGAACGUACAGAUGUACGUUUAGUGACAAUUGCCUUCGUUGGCUAUGUUGUGAUUUGUUUCAUAGAUACUUGCAGUUCGCGCUAGUUCGUCCACUACCUAGUGGACCAAAUGAGAAUAAGAGGUUAGAAGAGA